GGAGAUUGUAUUCAACAUGGGGUUCUCCAAGUCAGUUUGGUAGAGGGUCACAAAAUGAUUGUGGUUGCCCAAGUCCAAGAAACAGAAUUUUGGAAGCAGCUAAAACUAGGUAAGGUUCUCUGGAGUUGCAGAGGAUUCUAAAAGAAGGAAAGUUUGGUCUCUGCCAGCAAAUAUUUGAGGUUAUUCUUGGAAGUAUUUUUCAGGUCAUGACAAAUGAAUACGCACACCAUCUCUUCAGAAAGCUUCUCGAAGUUUGCGAUUCGAUCCAACUUAAUAUGAUUUUCUUUAAAUUGGCUUCCCAUGAACGCUUAUUCGUUGAUGUAGCUCUUCAUAAACACGGGUAAUUAGUAAUUACACUCGUGCACAACUUUUUUCGGAAACUCGGCGUUGGUAAUCAUAAAAUGACGUAAUGUGUGUCUUUGACAGUUCAACUGCAGUUCAGGCCUUGAUCAAGAGAUUGAAAAGAUCCGGUUUUGGCCAUAUCAUUACUAACAUUCUCUCCAUGAGGUUUUUUGAACUGAUGACUAGUGCACAAGGCCAAUAUGUUGUUGAACAAUGCUUUAAGAGCUUCAAACCUAAUGAGAAUCAGGUGUUGUAUGACGCUCUAUUAAAUGACGUUAUAGAGCUAGCCACAUCUCAAUACGGAUGCAUAUCCCUCAACACUUGUCUCAAUUGCGUGGGCGGGAUAAAUAGAUCCAUACUUCUUCAUCGAAUUGCAGAACAUUCAGACAUCCUCUCUCACGAUCCUUGGGGGCACUAUGUGAUUCAGCAUGUUCUUACCCUUCAUGAUGACAAUAUCUCGCGCGCCAUAUGCAUUCGUCUCGAGAGGCAUUAUUUACACUUGGCUGAAACCAUGGGCGGCAGCCAUGUCGUGGAGAAUUGCCUAAAAUCAUCAGAGUUUGGGAUGAGAUCUGUUGUUGAGACUCUCUUGGAAAGGGAAUCAAAACUGGUUUACCUUGCAUCCCAUCAGUUUGGUAAUUAUGUUGUCCAGACAGCCUUGAAGGUUACAAAGAAACAUAAUAACACUCUUUACAAGUCUCUUGUCAUGGUUCUCAAGAACCGAAGCUCAGCUCUUUCGCAUGAUAUCAUUGAACGACAUGUAUUCAAUCUGAUCUACCAGUUGGAAGCCAGCAAUUUAGGAAGUUUAUCACCUGAUUGAGAAAGGAAUAUAAAUAUGUAAUUUGUAUCUCUGUGAUCUGUAUGCCCAUGAAGGAGGGCUGUUGUUUACUUUUUGCAACAAAAACUAUCAAGUGACUGUAUGUUUGGUACAGUCUUAUGUGGAGCUUGUAACUCAUUCCAAUGUCUAAUACUCCCUCCGUCACAAAUUGAUGGUCCUAUACUUUUUGGAGUCAAAUAUUAAGAAAAAGUGAUAGAAGGACUCAUACAACCUUACUUUAUUGUAUUGUUCACUCUUUUACUUUUAUUAUUCAUUAAAAAGGAAGGGUAUAAAUGGUAGUCUACUUUAAUUUUAUUACUAAAAAGGGAAAAGUGACUCAUCUUGAAAACUUGCAUCUUGA